AUGGUUCUUGGGGAAAUUCCAAACCACAUAUGCAAAGACAUUCGGCCUUUGCGUAAUUUGGAGCUCUAUGUUCUCAAGGAUCUCAGAGACCUUGAUAUCACCCACCUUUGCUAUCUCCAUGCCAUCAGCCUGGGCAGGGUGGUUAUCAGCUCCAACAAGCUGAUGGAUGUCGUCCAGCAGUGCUGUGACGCACUGCGCCGGGUGAAAUUGGUCGAAGUGGAUUUGAACAUUGGAGCCUGGGCCCAAGCUUUUGAUGGCCUUGCGGGUCUCCCCCGACUUCGUUUCGUCAAAAUCGACAACUGCGGCUAUUCUCGAGCUGGGCCCACUGCUAGUCUCUUUGUACAGCAAAAUACCCACCGCGCGGUCCACGGUGGGUGUGAAUAG